AUGGGUAUAUCUCUAUGGUUAUGUCCAUAUGGACACAGUCCUGAAUAUGAGACUUUUAAAACUCUGAUAGAGUCAUUACAAACUUUAUUCCCGAAUUCUCCUGUAUUUGAGCCCCAUGUUACUGUGUGUAGUGGUCUCUCAUGUGAGAACAUGGAGGAAGUGCAUAAGGUACUUGAGAUGGCUCAUCAUGCUAUAAAUGCAGUAAAAUCUAAAGUAGAUAGUGAGAAUGCGCUUGUCGAGUUUGAUGGUUUCAAUAUUGGCAAGAAGUACUUUGAGAAAUGCAGAUUGGAGUGCAAACCAAACCCUAUGUUGUACAGUCUCGCGAAGUUGAUAAGAUCGAUGUUCGUCGGAGAAUUGAACAUUGAUACCUGGUUAUUUGAGGAAUUCCAUCCACAUCUUUCGCUAGCCUACUCAGAUAUCUAUCCGAUGGACCAAGCAAUGAUACGGUUGAUAAGGCAGAGAAUUGAAGACUUAUUUGAUGUAACUACAGAAGAAAUAGAGUCGCAUAGCAGGGACCAAGACGCGUAUAAAUUACAACACACUCUCAAAGGAUGGUCUUUCCCGUUGACUUUCAAAGUGGUCAGAUGUGAAGGUCCUGUAGAAGAAUGGGAAGUGCUAUCAGAAGUGACAGUCCAUGGAUAA